CACUUCUCUCGCACCAUGCCAAUUGCCCGUUGACCCCAUCCCCCAUCCACACCCCCCCAGUCCAAUUCACUGGCGAUUUCGUCACACUCUUCGUCCUCGGAGCUCACCCAAAAACCUCGACGAGUCUUGUCCGGCCCGCGCCUUGAUCUUUCCUCAGUAGCUUCGUCCUACCCUCCUACCUUACUUUGCCUGGCCUUUCAUCUCUUCUCACACCGUUCCAAUCCCGCGAUUUUCUUCCUUUCCCGACCCUCCUCAAUCGUACAAUUUCACUGUCUAGCUCACACAGCUCCUUCUACGCGACGCCAAGCUCUUUCCGCCGUACCUCCAGCUGCAGCUUCGCUCUUCCCUCUUCUUCUUCUCCUCCCACCACUUCUUCCACCCGCCUCCUCCGUUAUUCUCUCCUUCCGCCCAGAUCUUCCAGGAGCCCGUCUGCGAAAACCCAGCGCCCUUUCCUACCACGCCGCCCAUUUCGAAACCUCUCACAAUGGCGCUUGAAGCCGAGACAACACGAGUCGUCGACCAGUUCGAGCUCUCCGAUGCCUACGUCAACCGUGCUGUCAAGGAAUUCCUCGGCCAGAUGCACGAUGGGCUUCAAAAGGAUGGAACCAGCAUGAGCCAGAUCCCGACGUAUGUCACUGGCGUGCCCAACGGCACCGAAAAGGGUCUCUACCUCGCCGUCGACCUUGGCGGAACCAACUUCCGCGUCUGCUCCGUCCAGCUUAAUGGCGACACUACGUUCAACCUCACCUACAGCAAAGUCGCGAUCCCCAAGGAGCUCAUGGUCGCCAAGACUGCCGAGGAGCUCUUUUCCUUCCUUGCCGAGCAAAUUGAGCUCUUCCUGCGUGAGCACCACGCCGAGCACUUCGAGCAGCACGUGCGCCGCCGUCAAACCUACAGCGCCCCCGAGGGUUACCGCGACGAGCAUGUCUUCCGUCUAGGCUUCACUUUCAGCUUCCCCGUCCAGCAGCUUGGCAUCAACAAGGGUAACCUCAUCCGCUGGACCAAGGGCUUCGACAUCCCCGACGCCGUCGGUAAGGAUGUUUGUGCUCUGCUGCAGACCGAGAUCGACAAGCUACACCUCCCCGUCCGAGUCGCCGCUCUCGUCAACGACACCGUCGGAACUCUUAUGGCGAGAUCCUACACUUCGACCGGCAAGUCGGGCUCCAUUCUCGGCGCAAUCUUCGGCACCGGCACCAACGGUGCUUAUCUGGAAAAGCUUUCCAACAUCAAGAAGCCAAUUGUCGGCGACUUCGAGACGUCCACCGGCGAGAUGGUCGUCAACACUGAGUGGGGCUCCUUCGACAACCAGCUCAAUGUGCUGCCCAACACCUCCUGGGACGACGCCCUCGACAAGGCCAGCGUCAACCCUGGCAUCCAAAUGUUCGAGAAGCGUGUCUCUGGCAUGUUCCUCGGCGAGAUCGUCCGCCUGACCAUCCUUGACAUGCUCAAGGACGAGAAGCUGUCGCUAUUCAAGGAUCAGAACUCGAGCUUUAACGACUGGAAGUCGACAACCGAUAUCAGCCCGAAGUCCAGCAUGUUCCAGCAGUGGGGCCUCGACAGCGCCAUCAUGUCUGUUGCUGCCGCCGACAACACCCCCGAGCUGUCGACCUUGAGACAGGAGCUUGAGUCAAUUCUGCAUGUCUACACCCCCUCGCUCGAGGACGCGCAGGCUUUCAAGGCCGUUGCAGGCGCCGUCGGUCGCCGCGCUGCCCGCCUUUCUGCCGUUGCCAUUGGCGCCAUCGUCCUCCAGUCUGGCAAGCUUGACGACCCUGAGGAGGAGGUCAUCGACAUUGGCGUGGACGGCAGUUUGGUUGAACACUACCCCUUCUUCCGCGACAUGAUCUACGAGGCCCUGCGCGCAAUUGACGGUAUUGGCGCUAAGGGAGCUGAGAAGAUCCGCAUCGGUAUUGCAAAGGACGGCAGCGGAGUUGGCGCUGCACUCAUCGCUCUUGUGGCGGCUGGCAUGGAGAAGGAAGGCGAUGUCUUGGCUGACUUUAGAGAAAACGUCAAGAAGGAGUUGGACUCACUCCCUGUACCUCAUCAAGAGCUUUCAACGACAACGAACACUGCCCUGAUCAUUGGCGGUCUUGUGGGCGUUGCAGCCAUUGCAGCUGUCUGGUGGUCGCGCUAUAACCGUCAAUCAUGAACGACAAUAAAUGAGAAGAGUUGGGUGGGGACGAUCUGAAUGAGACUUAUCUGAGAUGAGGGGAAGGGAAGCGGUUAACAACGCAUCAGAGGUUGGCAACAAGGGGAGAUGCAAGGGGGAGACAGGGUGUGAGAGACACAGCAUACACCUAUGCCCUCUCAUGCUCUAUCCAAUUGGGCAUUUCACAGCAUCAGGAAGUUUUGGUCGAAUUCUUUUCUUCUCAUGAUUCCACAAAGGGGGAAAAACGGAGUUGGGCCUUUUUUUUUCUUUAGUUCUUUUUCUUUAAUGCUUGAGCCAAGCAAAUUGCAUCUGGUUGUUCAAAGCUGCAUACUUGUAUAAGUCUUUUUUUCUUUCUAUUGCUCUCUUCUGAAGCAGCAAAGUCUUACAAAAUGUCUAUAUUGGGGUGGCCUGUCGUGGGCCAUUUCUUUCCUGGCAUUCUCUCUACCCUGUCCUCUUGUGGUUUAUACAUGUAUAUGCGCACAGCCGAACAUCCAAUAUAGGACGUAUUUGGUUUUCGAUCGUGGCCUUUAUCCAGGAUCAAGUAGGCCCCAGUCCUUGGUGGUCUAGCUGGGAAACGAAAAAAACUAGUUGAUGGUCUCAAGACCGGUAUGGUUGCCAGGAACUGACCCGGCGUCCAUUGGCCAUUGGCUCUUGGGGGCCGCCUGGCUGGGCUGUCUAGUGAGCCUUUCAUUCCUUCUUCCUACCCGCUUCCCGUCC